AUGAGUAAAGUUGCUAUUGUUAGUGGUGGUUCCUCAGGUAUUGGCAAAGCUGUAUCUCUUGAAUUAUGCAAAAGAGGUUAUACUGUGUAUGCUGUAGCUCGUAGACAACAAGCGAUUGAAGAUAUCAAAAAAGAAUAUCCUGGAUUGCAAUUAUUUGCCUAUGAACUAGAUAUUACCUCUACAGAUGCAAUAAAGAAGUUCAAGGAUUUUUUAACCAGAGAAUUGCCAAAGAAUUCCGACGGCCAACCUACAUUAGAUGUAUUGUAUAAUAACGCUGGCCAAAGCUGUACUUUUCCAGCUUUAGAUGUUACUCCAGAAGUCAUGGAAAAGUGUUUCCAAGUCAAUGUUUUUGGCCACAUUAACAUGACAACAGAGUUAUCAGAAUUUAUUAUAAAUGGUAGAGGUACUAUACUUUUCACUGGUUCAUUAGCUGGUGUGAUUAGUUUUCCAUUCGGUAGUAUUUAUUCUGCAACCAAGGCAGCUAUCCAUGCAUAUGCUCGCGGAUUACAUUUAGAAUUACAACCAUUUGGUGUUCGUGUAAUUAAUGUAAUUACGGGUGGUGUUGCGACCAACAUAAGUGAUAAUCGUCCACUGCCAGAAGGAUCAAUAUACAAUUUCAAAGAGGGAAGAGAAGCCUUUGAGUAUAGACAAAAUAUGGUCAAACACAACACGCCUAUGUCUGCUGACACGUAUGCUAAACAAGUGGUUGAUUUAAUUGUAGAAAAACAAAAAGAUCCCGUGGAUGUAUAUCGUGGAUCACAAGCAUGGCUAGUGAGCUGGAUUGCUUUCCUAAUACCAUACUACAUCUUGGAAUGGGGUUUGAAAAGGAAAUUUAAGUUAGUCAAACUAUUUGAUUCACUAAAAAGAAAGGACAAAAAACUAGAUUAA